GCUCUACUACAAAUGGCGUCGGCUUUAAGAAAACAAGGGGAAUUAGGAGAUGCUCACGACUAUUGUUCGGAGGCUACAAGGCUGGCUUUAGUUUCCGGUGAUCAAGCAACGUACGCUAGGAGUAUUAGAAUUAUGGGUGAUAUUUAUAGGAAAAAAUCAGAUAUUAAUAAAGCAUUUCGGCAAUAUGAAGCUGCGAUGGGUUCCGCAGCUGCUAUGGGGGAUAGAGUGAUUCAGAUGGAGUCCAUGGACGGUGCAGCUAGAUGCUUGGAAGCCUUAAGAUUACAACACAAAAUAUGCAACUGUAGACCAUUGGAAUUUAACACUAGAUUGCUGGAAGUGGCUAGUUCUGUUGGUGCAAAGUUAUUAGUGCGGGCGGUGAGGAUACGACUUUCGAGGAUAUAUCACGCUCUGGGAGAUGAGAACAAUAAGCUUCAUCACGAACGUGUAGCGUUUAGAUUACAACAAGACCUGGAUCUGCAAUGUGGAGGAUGUGGAUCUCCUUAUGGACUGGAAGCGGAUUCCCUGGAAGCAUUGCCUUGUGCUCACAUUCUUCACGCUAG